CUCGGCCACAAUGCCGGUGUGGCUCUCAUGGCUGCGCUACUGCUCUAUCGUGUACUACGCCUUCUUGAAUAUGCAAAUGAGUGAGUUCUUCAACGGACCUCCAAUCAAGUGUUCAACAAAGACGUCCCAAUUCUUGUCGUGUAAUUUAAAUGAAACUCAUUAUCAAAACGAGAGUAUUUCGCAAACGAUUCCUUAUUCGGAACUAUCGGUUCACUUGGAUAUCAUGAUUAUAUCAGGUGUUCAACAAAGACGUCCCAAUUCUUGUCGUAGUAUUUCGCAAACGAUUCCUUAUUCGGAACUAUCGGUUCACUUGGAUAUCAUGAAUGAAGGCUCUGAACCGCUGCCCAUUUGGUUCAAUACUAUAUACUCAGAUAUUUCCGAAAACCAAAAUAAAUGA